AAGUGUAUACUUCACAACUUGAUGGUGCAGUGGGUGUUAUCAUCUAUGACUCUAUACCAUUUCGCGAAGACGAUGAAUCUGGAUCAAUGUUCCAAUAGAAAAUAAGCAAAGGCAACUUGACAAUCCCAAUGUACUAUGUAGACUUAAAUAUCGGACAAGAGUUGUACAACAUGCUGAAAUACAUUACAACUCAACCCGUCAAUUCAGCAAAUGAUUCGACAACAUUUCAACCUGCAUUAAAUAUUGUCAUGCAUCCAGCAGUAGGCGGGUUCCCGAGCGCCUGGGAAUUCACUUUAAUCAUUGUAGUGGCACUUUUAGCCAUUAGUUUUCUUGCUUCAGUUGGUAUGCACUGGCAUCUCUGGCGUGUAAGACGUCGUCAACGAGCAUUAUUUGAAAGUGGUCUGCUUGAUAUCAAUAAUACGAAUAUGGCUCAACAAUCCACUAAAAGAGUCAUCGAUCCUGCGUCAUUGUCCUUAUUUCCUACCCGGAUUAUUGGCGACGAACCGAACCUGACCCUAAGUCGCAUCGAAUCCAAUCGUUCCAUGAAGGCGAUAGAAAAUGCUGAACAAGUCAUUCAUCAUACACAUGAAUCCAUUGAAGAUGCCUGUGUUAUCUGUUUGGAUGAAUUCGCUUUGGGUGAACAAAUACGGAAAUUGCCAUGCGGACACGAAUAUCACUGUGAAUGUAUCGAUCCUUGGUUAACCAUAAAAUCGGCUUCAUGUCCAUUAUGCAAACAUGAUUGUUCCUUGGAUGUUCCCAAAGCAGAAGUUGAAUUAGUUGAACCAUCACCACCACUUAUACCACAACCUCCACCUUCUUAUUCAAAUUCAUUUUUUUCUUCACUGACUUCUUUUAGAGCUAGUAAUAACAACUCCCCCACAUCCUCAUUUGGUCCUACCAUUGCUGCUGAUAGGGCAGAGGAAUUUAGUAGAUCCUGGAUGGCAAGAAGUUUACCAAGAAACAUGAGACGUCAAAUACACGAAGCUGCACAAGCUGCUGCUGCUGCCAAUCGCGAGAGUGUAAUCGAACUACCCGCAAGGAUGACCGAAAGUCCCCCGACACCACCAUCACCACCACCAACACUACCAGUAGUAACACCUCCCGUUGUCAUCCAAAUGGAUUCAUCACAACAAUUGGAAGGUAGUACAACGAUAGGCAGACGGUUGGGUCAACGUUUACGAAGUACUAUUCCAAACUUUUUAAAACAAAAUAACACCAGUGAAAUACAUCAUUAAAUUCUUAUU